CGGUCUCCUCGGUCUCGGUCUCCUCGGUCUCGGUCUCGGUCUCGGUCUCCUCGGUCUCGGUCUUCUCGGUCUCCUCGGUCUCGGUCUAGGUCUCCUCGGUCUCGGUCUAGGUCUCGGUCUAGGUCUCGGUCUAGGUCUCGGUCUAGGUCUCGGUCUAGGUCU